UUGUUUUAACAACUCCAUUAGUCUCCAGAUCUUUAACUCAAUGUGGUGUCGCACCUGUAUGUGCUAUCGAAACUCAACUCAGGAUUCCAAAUUCUACGUGCGCUCAAGAUGCUUUAUGUAACGUUAUUAACGGUAAUCAAGUUCAUUGUGCGAAUACUGUAAAAUGCACUUCUGGAGUUGAAUUUGAAUUUCUUUGUGGACCA